AUGGCGCAAAAUCAAGCUGCUUGGCUCACAGGUGCUUCCGUCCACCCAUUUCGCGUUCAGGAUGCCCCAUAUCCAACUGCAGGGCCGGGAGAGGUAGUGAUACAAAACGCGGCUGUUGCUAUUAACCCUGUUGACUGGAAGAUCCAAUCGUAUGGUAUCUUCAUCACGGAAUUCCCAUCCAUUCUCGGCGAAGACGCCGCUGGAGUGGUAGUCGACGUCGGUCCUGGCGUUACCCGCUUUACAAAGGGCCAAAGAGUGCUCGCAUAUACCCACGGCUUGUCCACAAAAAACAUAACACAGACGUCAUUCCAGAAAUACUCAGUUGCAGCCGAAGCUGUGACUGCAGCAAUCCCGGAUUCACUAUCCUUUGAACAAGCCUCUGUGCUUCCACUAGCCGUUUCAACUGCUUCAGCUGGUCUAUUCCAAGACGACCACCUAGCCCUUCCAUUCCCCUCGGUGACGCCGUCCAAGCCCACCGGCAAAACACUUCUUGUCUGGGGCGGUGCUUCUUCGGUUGGCGCAGCAGCAGUCCAGCUUGCUGCAGCAGCGGGCUUAAAUGUGAUUUCCACUGCCUCUGCGCACAACCAUGAGCUAGUCAAGUCUAUUGGCGCAAGUGCCGUGUUUGACUACAAUUCCCCUACUGUGGUGGACGACAUUGCAAGUGCACUUGCCAGCGCCGAUGUGGCUGGUGUCUACGAUGCUAUUUCCCUGCCAUCAAGCUUCGAGCCAAUUAAAGCCAUUCUUGAAAAAAUAAAUGCAAAGGUCGGAAUCGCAACUGUUUUGCCGUAUAGCGGAGAGUCGACGGCACACUUCGCUCCGACAAGUGUUCAUGCUGCAUCUAUUGUCAAGGAGCCGCACAAGAAAGUAAGUGACGCGGUUUGGCGGGACUUUGUUACCAAGGCUCUUGAAAACGGACACCUCAAAGCCAAACCGGACCCCGAGGUUGUUGGAAAGGGGCUUGGGGAUAUUCAGAAGGCUGUUGAUCUUCUGAAAAAGGGUGUUUCUGCCAAGAAACUCGUCGUAACUCUGUAA